CCCACUUCGGGCAUGGUGCGUCCAAUCCCGCCACAGGUGAUUCUCAGUGGUGCGCAGUGAAGCAAAGAGCUUCCCAAUCGACGACGACCCGGCAAAUCAUCCGAUGCAUAUCCAUUGAUUGUCGUUGAUCCCACGAAACGAAACGCAACAGCAACCACCUUCACCACCCAACAACAACAAGACGACCUAACACAGUCAAGAUGGGCGGUCUUAACUUGGAAGUCUUCAAGUUCGGCAUGUAUGUCAUGUUUCCGAUUGGCAUCAUGUACUACUUUGGCACGAACCUCGACAGUCGGUUCGCGGUACCCGAUUUCUGGCCCAAGGCGGAGCACUCGCACAAGAUCCCAUUCGAUCGCGACGAGAUCAAGUCCGAGUACGUGCGGCUGGCGAAGCGGCAGCGGGCGGUGGAGGAGAUGAGGAGGGAGAGGGAGGCGGCGCAAGCGGCACAGGCGGCGCAGAACCCGCCUUCCAACGGGGAGCAGUCAUGAGCAUGACAUGUCUGGCCCGACGCGGAAGAGACCGACGUGGAGUGGAAGGCGGGUUGAAACAAGAGGAGACUCGGCCGACCGAAUCAAGAUUGAUCUUUGGAGAUGCGUCCGACCCUCCAGUCCUCGGGUCGGGUCGACAGAGGCGAUUUUGGAGAAGACCCCUUGCGCGGAGACCCGGGGGGAGGGUAGGAUUGGUGUAGGUGUGCUGUACUAUAUGGGCGUUUGGCGGUCAAAAAACGAAACACCAUUUGGUUUUAGGGGGGAAACUCGUCAUUCGAGAUGGACGCGGCGUUUUGGGGAGAGAGGGGAGACCUACUUUCAGGACGAGGGAGCCCUCUCCGGGCCUCCUCCCCCUCUUCCGGCCGAAGUCAGACAUCGCCCCUCACUCAGAACCGCCAUUGCGCGGUUGUAUUAUAUAGGUAUUUCUACAAUUUGUUUGUACAAUGGGGGCCCUCCGCCCCACCCCGACGGUGUUGUACACCUUUCAAUAUCCAGCCAUUAAUCCUCGAUUAGUACUUUGAUCCCUCAAGGAUCCAAGUCGGAUUAGUUCUUGACCUCUCAGGAGUCCAGGUUCUCCUCGAUUCUUGCCCACUCCUCCUCGGACAUGUCUCCCUUGACGGGGUUCCCGUACACGGCUUGCACCUCGGGGAACUCCUGCAGAGCGGCCAGCAGGUCGGCCAGCGAGGUCGCCUCGAGGCCCUUGUCGAGCUUGACUUUGGUGUCGUCGUUGGCGGACCAGAUAAUGUCGGAGCUGAGAAGCUUCAGGCCGAACUUGGGGCCGACGCCGCUGGCGACGGCGUUGGUCAUGUUGGGCUGCGUCCAUACGACGAGGUUCCCGUCGUCGUCGGCCUCGAGGUCCUCGGCGCCCGCCUCGAUGGCGUCGUCCAGGAUGUCGUCGACGCCCGGCCCGCCGCCGCCC